UACAAACGACGUGUCUACACGCGUCACGAACGUGUGUAGAACCGGUUGAGUUAUCACAUCACUGAUAACAAGUUUAGCUGUGUUAUCAACUAUCAAGUGACAACUUCAAAAUUAAAAUUCGAAAUAGAAAGGAAAAGUUAAACUAAUCUAGUUUUUCAAUCCAAAAAAAGUUAGUGACGAAUGCUGUAUAGAGAUAAUUGUGUUUUGUUAAGAAUUAAUCGAAAGACUUCUAGUAAUGGCGCCCCCAAAAGGUAAAACUGGCACUAAAGGCCAAAAACAAAUACUUGAGGAAAACGAGGCCACAUUGAAGUUUUAUAGAAAUAUGAUUGGAGCAGUUAGCGCUGUAUACAUAAUAGUUCAUUUGGCUUUUGGAAAUGUUUUUUCUCUGACAAACAUUUUUCUAUAUGCUCUUGUUAUUGCAUCACAUGGUGGUAGCUAUAAAUUUAUGGCAUACAUGUCAGUUGCUAAGUUUACUGAAAAUGGUCAGUUACUAGAUGCAGGCACAGAUCUUAACAUGGAAGGAGGUUUAGCUGAACAUACCAAGGACUUGAUUAUAUUAACAUCAGGUUGCCAAUUGUUAUCUCUUAUUUCUAAUUAUUUUUGGCUUCUGUGGCUCCUAGCUCCUGGUCAAGCAUUCUGGAUAUUAUGGAAAAACUUUUUAGGACCCUAUUUUAUGCAAAAAGCACCAGAAGAAAAUUCACCAGAAAUAAAUGAGAAAAAACAAAAGAAAUUGGAAAGGAGAAAAAAACGACAGCAAAAUGUACGGUUUUAAUGAUUUUGGUUGAUAAAUUUUAUUUUUGUUAUAACUUUAAAAUUGUUUUUUUUUAUACUA